CUCUGACUACCACCGGUGUGGGAAAACUUGAGACGCUAUCAAAAGCCAUCUUAUAACUCUGUAGCUAUUCUCGCAAAGUUGAUUUUUUUUCCAAGGCUAAAGCCAAACGAUUUCGACUGGCUCAGAACAGGGCUUCAAUUGGACCACUCUCGACUGACAAUUGCAGAAUGAUGGCAAACGUCAAAUGGAUCCUGAGUCCUCUGGGAAAAGGCCCCACACGGCGUAACCUGUUCGGCCCAGUUGACAAGGUGCAGCUGCGGGCAGAUUACCAGGCCGCCCUGAGGAAAGACCUGGACGAGGCAUCCCGGCGCUGGGGUUUCGACUUCAUGUCUGACCAACCUCUGGUUAGCGGCGAUUUCCAGUGGGAGGGCGUUCCCGGCGCUAAGGUGCCGCUGCUCUACAGAUCCUGUGUGCUGGGCAAGGCAACGAGUCAAAGGGCAACGCAGGUGACGGUUAGCCCCAAGAGGGUCAAGGCGGCGCCGGCAAAGAACGAGAACGAGAAGGAGAAUGUCCCUGAAAACAACUCUGAGAGAUGUCCUGUCAAUCUGGAGAGAACUCCAAGGAAGAAGGAGAAUGGAGGACUCAAGAGGAAACAAACUAAUAUUACAGACUUCUAUCACCCCAAGAGAAGAUUCGUCGAUAUGCGUAUUAAAUCGGGCGAGUGAUCUCUCCGCCACCCCCCCAUCUGGGCUGCGUUCCUGGAGGAGUGCCAGUAUUCCAACCGAUCCUCACAAAAACACUCAGGAAUGCCAAGUUGGACACAGACUGCACAGUUGCUCCUAGGGAGACAACUAAGGGACCUCAGCCGUUGUGUCUUUAAGGUUAAUUUGGGGGGCUGUAUUCAUUGAAAACAUGGGGUGGGGGAUAUUAAGGUAUUGAACUGCAGAGAUUACGAUUAAUCUCGGUACCGGCGGAUUGAUACUCAUUUGGAUCAAGUGGAUGUCCUCAGUGUCGAAUGACUUAUUCCGUCUGCAUUCCGCUCCAUUCAAAAGGCAGUUUUUACGUCUCUGCCACACGGAAUAAGAGAAAUGUAGGAUGACCAUUACUUGAAACACAAGAUACCAUCAGGCUUCGCGCCAACCUGCCUCAACCAAAUCACCAAAUGACAA